AUGAAUACUCCUGAUAUCUGGAAUAUUUUAUCCUGGGAAUGUUUUGAUUACUUAUUAUUAAAUGGUGUAAUUAAGUACAUAUACACAUGUAUGUACAUACCAGUGUAUAGAAACUGUAGACUGUACAGUAGGUCAGUAAUUCCCCUUAAGCUGUGUAAUUGUGCAUAAACUGUAUAGUAGUCAGUAGCGUAGCUAGGAAAAAAUUGUUGGUUAUGCUAUUUGCUGAGUUCCAAGCUCACGAGGCGCUACCAUGGUUGGCGCCGAGCGAGUAAAAUUUUUAAAAUUAGGGCCUCUAGAUCGUCGGAAACGGCCUUUUCAGAGAUCUAUUUGUUCAUAUUCAUACAAAACAUUUGGGCAAUUUAGCGUCACUCAAACUUAAUUUCUUGCGUUCUGUGUGGUGAAACGUAUGGAAAUUCAUUUUAUAAACUCCAUACAAAAAGCAAAACAGCUUCAGGAAAACACAACAAAAACAUUUUAUUUCAUCAUGAACAGCAUUACUAAUUACAUUACAAAUAACUCAGACGAGUUAUUACUGGCUGAGAUUGGGUGCAAACUGCAAACAAUAAUCAAAAAGUUAUGAUGCUGCACUAGAAUGACACUCAUUAUUUCCAACAAAAAAGAAGUACAUAAAACAUACAAUAAGCCAUAGACUAAUAUGUAAAUGAGAGACAAACUUUCUGUACCGGUGAGGUGAAGACUGGUGCAAUUUUCUGUGCAAGUCUAAUUAAUAUAGAAAUAGUAAAAGAAUAACAUGGAAAUUAUGUGUCACCACAUGUCAUCAUUCAUCAUGAGCCACCACAUUUGAGUGGAUAUUUGCCAUAUAACUCUGGUCAUCUAAUAAAAAAAUAAAACUUAUAGUAAAAGAAAUAUAUGAAAUUAUAUUUUGGAGUUGCCACAUUCAAGUGUUAUCUCCCCAGGAAGAGUUGUAUCAUGGGCUCACUGCAUUGAGUGGAUAUUUCCCUUAUAACUCUGGUCAUGUAAAUGAAGUUAUAUUUUGGGGUCACCACAUUCAAGUCAAGUGGUUAUCUGUCUUAUCUCUCGAGGAAGAGUUAUAUCAUGGACUCACCACAUUUGAGUGGAUAUUUCCCUUAUAACUCUGGUCAUUUUAUUAAAAAAAUUAAUAGACCUCAUAGCAAAAGCAAGAUAUGAAAUUAUAUUUUGGGGUCACCACAUUUAAGUUAAGUGAUUAUCUCCCCAGGAAUAGUUACUGUAUAUCAUGAGUCACCACAUUUGAGUGGAUAUUUUCCCUAUUGCCUGUAUUCUAGCUAAGAGCUCACUCACACUCAAUGAGUGGAGGUUCGAUCUGAGCUUCUCUUGAGUGCCAUUGCUGUUUUGGCAAAGCUGAGGAGUUAGUGUCGAACCUUACUAUGUGACUACUCACCCUCCACCUAUUCAAAAACAAUUGACACUCAAGGUAAGCUCAGAUUAAACCUCCACUCAUUGAGUGUGAGUGAGCUUUUACAAUACAGGCGUAUAGCUCUGGUAUUGGUAAUUAUGGUAAAAGAAAUAUUAAAUUUUAUUUUCAGGUCACCACUUUCAUGUAGAUAUUUCCCCUAUAAAUCUAAUAUUCCCUGAUAUAAUUUCAAGGGACUAUAAUAAUGUACCUAUCAAUGUUAAGCCCCUGAGGGGCGUCGGGCAUAUGUGGGGUGUUUUAUAAUCAAUUGUAUCCCCAGCCUGGGGAUUUUGAUUAGCAUUUUGGGCCUGAGUUGAGGCCCAUCAAGGGUGUAACCCAGGUUGCUUGUCACUCAUUUUGUAGCUGCUUUGUUGCUUGUUUUAUUGCAAUAAAUGUCCCUGUCACUUUUAACCCAUAACACAAAUCACAAUUUCUCGUUUAAAAUUCCCAGUCAGAAGCUGCCGUUUGUCACUCUUUUGUACAUAGUCUGUCGCCUCUUUUUAAGGAAUGUCACCUGUCGGUCAUAACCCCUUGGUGGGCCUCUGAGUUAGGGCAAUGUGAACCAAAUGACUUUUAUUAAUAUAGUAUUUAUUGCAAUUUAUUGCAAAAUGGUGAAGUAUUUGACCAAUAUUUUUAUUGCCCGACGGUGGGGCAUUUGAUUGAAAAUUUGCUCAAAAAAUCAAAUGCCCCAGUACCCCACAUAUGCCCAACCCCCCACCUCUGGGGCUUAACAUUGAUAGGUGCAUAAUAACAUGGCCAGCAAAACAUUGCCUUCUUGGUUAAACAUUAAGUAAAACUACCACAAAGCCAAUCUUUCUUUGUGUAUCAACUCUCCUGAGAGCUUCUAUCUCCAGUGGUCGAUUGUAAAUUCGGCAUUGGCCUUUGUGUUACAAUUAUAUUUUGCUCGCCUGAUUGACGUGCAGAGAAUUUAAGGUUUCUUCAGCAUAUCACUUAUAAUAUCUGCCUCUGUGGAAGCCGUCACACUUCCUGAAGCCAUUAAAAUGCAAAUUAAUACAAUGCGAAUUCACUUACCUUGAUCAGUUGACACCUGAAUGGAGUAUUCGACUAAUUCGAGCGUGAAUUAUCUCGAACAGAAAGACUGUAACAAAGGACAAAGGCUCAAGUCAUGCUCUGGAAAAUGAGCAUGACUAGAUGUUGCGAAACAGCGCGUUUGAGCAUGCACAGUUGCCAUUAUCCAAUCAGAUUGCCAGUAUUUCUACUAUAAAAUAUAUUACUUGGUCAUGCUGAUUUCAGAGGGCAUCACUAGACCGCGAAAUGCGUGGAACAUGCUGUACACACGAAAUUCACACGAACUUGCCAUGUUUGUUGCUAGGUAACCUAUGCAAAUGAGCAAUAUUUUGCCGAAAAUGACAUAAUAUAGCGAAAUCUUGUCUAAAGUACUUGUGAAAGUUUCGAAAAGCUAAAAGAUUUUAAUUAGAAUUUUAGCGGAAAGAAAUUCUUUACUUUUGGGGAAAUUUUUGGUCAUGCUCAGCAUGACCGCUAGCUACGCCACUGAUAGUAGUAAUGAUUUCUGCAUUUUUUUAGGUACUACAGUCAAAAGAAGUGGUGGAGAAAAAGAGAAGCAGAAAGAAAAUGGAUGUGGUAGUGAGGACGAAGAUGGUAGUGAGAUUAAAGAUGGCAGUGAGUAUACGCCUAGUAUUAUCGCACCCACCACAUCGACAAAAAGUUCCCAGCAGCUUUUAAGCAAUGAGGACAGCGUCCUAUUCCUAACUGUGUUUGAUGAAUUAAUUAACUCAAGCAGGCAAAUCACCAAGGCAGUUGUAUAUGAUAAAUUACGUGCUCAACCAAAAUUAUCCCAUCUUGAAAAGCAGUGA